UUUACCUUCGGCCCCUUCAUGCUCUUUCAGGUACACAAGUGCACCCACCCGCUGCUGCUUCUCCUCCUCCUCCGCCAGCUUUUAUAGCCCCUGGGCUGACUGAGGUGCUCUUAAAGGGACAGAGCAGCCCAGGCCGCUGGACCUCUCCCACCUGCCCCUUAUAAUUGGAGGCUGUGCACCUGGGCCAGUUAUUCUCUUCCCUCCUUUUCCCAAAAGCUCCCAAGAGAGCCUCAUUCCCUCCCUUUAAAAAACCUUCCCCAGCCCCCAGGAUGCAUAAUCCGUGCAUAAGGGUGGAGGGGCUUGGCCUCCCUCAGUGCAGGUUCCUUUCAGACCCCAGGGCCAAGGUGCUUCCCCUGGGAUUUCAGAAAGAGGGUGCUUUCCUUGGAAUCUGAGCUGUGCUUUCUCUCACCCACACUCUGCCUGCUCAGCUUCCCCUCACAGGGGUCAUUGUGCUGAUCUGCCCAUUUCCUCUGAGCUCUCUGUCUACUAUGAACAGGGUUUCUACAUUUGGGGGGGCUCCGGACUGCUCUGUACAACUAUAUUUUUGCCCGAAAACACCGAGGCAGUUUUAUCCUUCGACUGGAAGACACCGAUCAAAGCCGUGUGGUAUUGGCAGCCUCUCAAAGCAUAGAAGAUGCAUUGGAGUGGGCAGGUAUGACAACAGGUGUCGUCACCUAAACCCCAAGGAGGUUGCUGAGAAGAUAUCUCAAGGCGUUGACUAUGUGGUGCGUUUUCGCCUGGAAGAGCAGACGGACCCUUUUUGCGAUCUAAUCCAUGGGUGGAGCAGGCACGAAGUAGCCAGUGUGGAAGGCGAUCCAGUGAUUCUGAAGAGCGAUGGCUUUCCAACCUAUCACCUGGCCAAUGUGGUGGACGAUCACCUAAUGGAGAUCAGCCACGUUCUGCGUGGAGUUGAAUGGCUCACCUCCACUUCCAAACACCUCCUCCUCUACAGGGCCUUUGGCUGGGAGCCGCCUCAUUUUGGGCACCUUCCACUGCUCCUGAACGAAGAUGGCAGCAAACUCUCCAAGAGACAAGGGCAUGUUUUUGUGGAGGAGUUUGCGCAAGAUGGCUAUUUGCCAGCCACCCUCCUGGAUCUCAUGACACACUCUGGCUCAGGGUUUGCAGAAAAUAGAAUAGGACGAACACUAAAGGAGCUGAUUGAUGAGUUUGAUCUGAGCAGGAUCGAAAGGCACUCGGCCCUCCUGGAUUUGAAGAAACUGCCAGAAUUCAACAGGGUUCACCUGGCCCAGCAGAUUGGAGACGAGAGGCUACGGCAGAAGCUUGUGCCAGAGGUCCGGGCCGCUGUGGAGGAAGUCUAUGGCAAGCAGCUUCCGGAGAGGGAGGUCCUUGAAAAGGGCUACAUUGAGCAGGUGCUCUUGCUGAGAAGGGGCCACAUUAGCCGCCUGAAGGACUUGGUGUCCCCCAGCUAUGCUUUCUUGUGGAUCCGCCCCUCUGUGUCUUCGGAGAAGCUGCAGACUCUCUCCACUGAGGCAGACCAGAUAGGAAGGGGGGUCCUCAGGCUGCUGGAAGGGCCAGUGACUCAGAGACCUGAAGAACUUGGCCAGCAACUGAGGCAGCUGCACAAGCAGAUAAGUGGCACCAAGUACAGCAGCAUGAUGAAGCUCCUCCGCUUCUCCCUUAGUGGCCUGCAGGACGGGCCCAGUGUUGCUGAGAUGAUGAUCCUGUUGGGGCCCAAGGAGACCAGCGUUCGCAUCCAGGGGGUUCUAUGCAGCCAACCUGCUCCAUGAGGGAAAGGGGCAAAGGAAGGACUUCGGAGCAUGGUGGAGCUUGGGAAAAUACCUCCCAUGCUUGGGGGCAACACACAGAGAACAUUCUCUGGUUUUAUAGCAGCAUAGUCUGAUGUUGAUGAAUGCUGGGUUCAAAUUUAAUAGAAAAGGGAAAAAUAUUAGCUGGAUCUAAGGACCUGUUGAAAUUAGAUAUGAGUGAGUCCUAACAUCCGAUGCGGCAUUCCUCAUUUUGUAGCUCUGGGGAAAAGGAUCAAGAUCUGAAAAAUGAUAUGGGAGUUAGGAAAUUAGAAUCAACCCUCUUACUUUAGUUAAGCCUAAAUUUUCCUAAUCCAGAUGAAAAUCCAAACUCAGCACUUUAGGCUUGCCUUUGCCAAGAACAUUUGACUUACCAGACUGGAUCCUUCCUUCUCCCUGAUCUCUGUGUUUUCUAGGGGCAGGGAGCUUCCAGCUGGUGAGGUCCUUGCCACCAAAAAUUUCUUUCUGCAACUGAACUGCCUGAAGUGUUUCCUCCUUCUUUCCUCACCUGUGCAAGGUGAGAUUGGGUCCCGAACUCUUGACUUUUAAUCAAUAAAAGACUUUCACAUUGUGA